AUUGGAAAAGCCCCGCCGACGUCCUUCUCGGCGUGGCGAGCACGAUAUAUUUUGUUUUUGGCCUCAUAUCACGGCCCAAUUUCUUCCUCACCUUACCCUUUGCAAGAUCAAUACUUCUCCAUCAUGUUCUCCCAACGCCUCUCUCGGGCUGUGUCCCAUUCUCUUGUCAGAUCCAGCAGCAGGAUCAAUGCCGGCAGUCGACGUCAUGCUUCCCGACAUACGAAAUUCACACUCAACAACGGAGCGUCCAUUCCCGCUUUGGGCUUCGGAACCUUCCAAGACCCCGACCAUCAAGAAGAAGCCGUAGUCCGAGCGCUGAAGCUUGGAUUCCGCCAUGUCGAUACAGCUCAGAUAUAUGACACUGAGCUGUCGACGGGAAAUGCAAUCAAAAAGGCCGGCAUUCCGCGAGAGGAGCUAUUCCUCUCGACCAAGCUUUGGAUGACAUCGCACCACCCCGACGAUGUCGAGCCCUCCCUCGACGCGUCUUUGGAGAAACUCCAAACCGACUAUCUCGACAUCCUGAUGUUGCACUUCCCGUGCGCCUUUGCCCGUGGCGACAAUGUGUUCCCGGAAGAUGAGAACGGCCUCAUGGCAAUGGGCGAUACGCACUAUCUCGACACUUGGCUAGCGUUGGAGAAGGUGCUGAAGACCGGCAAAGUCAAAGCUAUCGGACUGUCCAAUUUCACCAAGGAGCAAGUGCAGAACAUCAUCGACAAGGGUGAAGUGGUCCCGGCCAUCCACCAGAUUGAAUUACAUCCUUGGCUUCAGCAAGCAGAUUUCAUCAAAUGGCACAAGGAACAAGGCAUCCACAACACUGCGUACAGUCCUCUGGGUAAUAGCAACCCUUACUACCAAGAGCAGGUGUGGUCUCGACCGGAAGCGUUCAGCCUGCCGCCGCCUACCGAGGAUCCGGUCUUGAUCGAAGUAGCAAAGAAACACAACAAAUCGCCCCAUCAAGUCGCCUAUGCCUGGGGCAUCAACAACGGCCGCUCCGUGCUGUCGAAGAGUGUCGUUGACUGGCAGAUCGUGGCGAACUUGGAGGCCGACUUUGAGCUGGAUGCCGAGGACAUGGAGAAGAUUGCCACCAUGGACAAAAAGGCGCGCUUCAACGAUCCCAGCCCGCUGUUCAGAUUUCAGUUCUUCGAGGGGCUGGAUGGGUUCAAGCCCAGGGGCGAUCAUGAGUUCCCCGUGUCGGACGUGUUUGGCAAGAUCGGUAAGGUGUAGUGAGUGUGGUAGGCA